GGGGUGCCGGGGCGCGGCGGCUCGGCGCCCCUGCUGCCCUUAGUGCCGCGGAGGCUGCAGUCGAUCCUGCCGCUCCACGCCUGCUCUCAUAUACAAUAUUUUCUCGCCAAAACAACCUUAAUUACACACAAACAUUAAAAAUUAUACCAAUAUGGUUUAAGAUAUUGUAUCAGUGGAGUGUCCUAUUCAAAAAUCUAUAACAUUCUACAGUUUAUAUGUAACUAACCAGUGAUUGACUAAAACAUAUUAACAUUUGUUUCAAAGUGGCGGUGUUAUAUGAAUUUAUUUUAUUUUGGAUUGUUUUUGUGAAACAUUUAUUUUAUUAACCAAUAUGAUGCAUUAUCAUUAUACUAUUUCUGCAUUCUUACGUCGAGCUUUUAGGAAAAUUGGACAAAUGCCAAAAGAGUAACUGUAAGGAACUGUUUUACGACAAAUAAAAAGGCUAUAUACAUAUUCAAGUGUACUAUAAACAUGAUGUGUAUUACUCUGGCUCGGUACACUAUGGAUGACCACAGGAGGACAUUUUGCUAUUUGCUAAUAGCGUUGGCGUUAAUUCUAUCAUUAGCAGGCACGUCAUACUGUGAAACUACAUCCCCACCAGGAGGUGGUUUGAAAACUAUCCAAUUUUCACAGCCUCCGCAAAAUAUUGUUUUUAAAAGCCAGACUGCGCCGCAUUUGACCACUACAGUCACAUCUUCUGUCGCCACUUCAGGACCAAAAGAGAGCACGAAAACGUUGCUAACAAAGGCACAUGUGACGACUGAAAGCCCUACUACCGCUCGCCAUUUAACAACGAGAUUGUAUCCGAGCACAAAAACCGCAGUGAAAAGUGCAAGAAAGCUAAAGCUAAACACUAGCUCUAGUGCCCUUGGGGGCGGUGCACAUUCACCAGCACGACUGCAAGAACGACUGGGGGCCAUAGAUUGCGAUCUACCCGUGCUGCCGAGAGACUCCCGGCUGUGGCGAGGCAACGAGACACACGAACUUACUUUGCCUGUUACGAUGGCUGAGGAGUGCGGGGGCGGAGGUGUGGGGACCGCGCAGGGUGCGCCGGACGAGGAGUGCCCCCCGACCAUCGUAUCGUGGGAGGGCUCCGUCGAUAUACAAAGUGGAGAUAUCCUUAUCGUUCGUAUCGCCGACUCCUUGCUCUUCGAAAACUUCGGCCGGCCAGAGCUGAAGAACGGCACUCUCGAAGUGAAUACGACACAUGGUGACAAGCCCCACCGCUUGCUGUUGCAGCCAGCCGUUUACCAAGUGACACGGCAAGGUCACGAGCACUGUGAUAUAUCUGAUGGAAUGUUAUUAGAUAUUACACCACUCGACGAGCGUGGUGCUAAACUCUUUACCCUUUAUGAUAAAGAUCUGACCGAAGGCGUCAACCUACUCAUAGUGGUGUCUGACAAUUGGGGGUCACAGUGCGUAAGAUUAAAGGUGACCGUUAAGUCGGACAACUGCGGCGAAUCGCAAGAUUGCACAGGGAAAGGCGUUUGUUAUACUAAUGUUUCUAUGGAAGGGUACGAAUGUCAAUGUUGUUCGGGAUACGUAGGCCCUCACUGCGAGGAAAGGGACGUGUGCAAUCCAUCACCGUGCCUGAACAACGGCAUAUGUGUCGACCUCACGCAGCCCGUCAGCGAGAACGGAACUAAGUACCGAUGCCUUUGUCCUUAUGGCUUCAGCGGCAAGAGAUGUGAAAAGGACCCGUGUUAUUCAGCGCCAUGUUUGAACGGGGGUUCGUGUAUGAGCGUCGCGGUGAAUGGGUCGACCACGUUCCGCUGCGCCUGCCCUGACGGCUGGACGGGGGCGCGCUGUGACCUGUCUAUAAACGGCGGCGCCUGUGCCUCCAACCCUUGCGUGAAGGGUAUUUGUAUCGUGCAAGUGGACACCCAGCCCGAUGGACCGGAAUACCAAUGUUUCUGCCAGCCAGGUUACACAGGCGAGCGAUGUUCGCUGGAGUACAACGAGUGUGAAUCGUCGCCGUGUAGCAAUGGUGGCACUUGCACUGACAGGAUCGGCGGGUUCGAGUGCUUCUGCGGUCGCGGCUACACCGGCCUCAACUGCCAAUCAAAGGUGGAUCUGUGUAAACCAAACCCUUGUCCCGCUCAUCGGGAGUGCGUGGAUCACGGGAACAUUUACACUUGCAGCUGCCCGCCAGGAUUCGUGGGCGAUGAUUGUCAUGUUCCUGCUAGAUCCCCAUGCGACAAUAAUCCGUGUUCCCACGGCGGUACAUGCUCAAGCAUCGGCGACUUCUUCUUCUGUUCUUGUCGCCCAGGAUAUACCGGCAAAUUUUGCGAAGAUGAUUUUAUAUUAGAAUCUGUCGUGGGUGGUGAAGGCGGGAUGGAAACAGAAUCUCGGGGCGGUAGUUCGGUGCGUGAAGUUCGAAUGCCUUUAGGAUUGUACCACGAUCGUUUACACAAUGUGUACAUAGCAGCUGGAACCCUGGGAGCUGCGAUAGCUAUCGUUGGAGUCGUGGUAACAGCAUGCCACUGCCGCGUGAACAAGACGUACUCGCGGCUGUUGUCUCGCCUGUCGCGCGUGUCGUCGGCCGGGCCGCCGCACCACUGGCUGCAGGACAAGCGCGCGCCGCCCGCCGCGCCGUGCGCGCACGCCUCCGCCGCAGUCGAGUCCGCCGAUAUGUACUACACCCUCGAUUUCAGCGACAGCCAGAGCUCCCCCCUCAUACAAUAGCAAUCAUUUUGGAACUGCUCCGAGGGGGAACGGUUCAAAAUACAAUUUUGAAUAUGAUAACGCUUAAUACAAACUAUUGUAUGUCGGUAUAAAUUUGCGAAACAAAGAUAAUAGCUACUUGGAAAAACUAAUUUAAAGAACAAGAUGCCGAUUUAAAUGGAGAUAAAAACCAUACCCACCAUCGAAACAAUUCAACCAUUUGAAGCUUGUAACAAAAUUGUUUUAGUAUAAUUAUGUGCGUGGGAGCCGGAAAGGAAGUUUUACGAAUAUUUUUUUAGCCAUUACACGACCUUGGCCUUGUGAGUAAAUAUAUAUAUUACUUACCUACCUGUUAUUCUAAUAUAGCAAUUAUCGUGCUAGUUAAAUGUAUGAUUAGCUACUUUUGAGAAUCAUAUUAUAUAUGUUUAUUAGAUUAUUUUUAAGUAGGUAGUAUGUAAUAUUUUAUCUUUGUGAAUUUACUUAUGUUAAGAAUGAAUUUUUCGAAUUUUAUAGUUUACGAUAUUAUUUAAAAGUAUGUACAGCUGGAUUUAUUGUUUUGAAUAUUUAAUUGCACUACCCACAAACAUGUCAGUAUUUCCUUAUUUACAAAACAUAUUUUUUUCCGGAACAGAAUAAAAAAUAAAUUAUAGAGCGUUAAUCACUUCCUACUGUAAUAUACUUAGGUACCUGUGCUAUAUUAUGACAAUUUAUUCUACUUUAUGUUUUAAUAUGAGCCAUACAGAAGCCAAAUAAACUUACGUAAUAUUAGAUAUAGUCAAACAAAUUUAAUAAAACUAGGAAUAUAUUCCAAAACAAUUUAAAAUUUAGAAGAUGUUUAAGUGUAAACGCUUUAACAUAGCAUUAAUUUUAGAGCGUUUUUGAGCUUAUAAUAAAAAUAAUUACCGAGACAGAUAGUAUCUAAAUCACACAUGGUAUUAAUUAUUUCUAUUGUUUUUAAACGAAACCUUAUUUGAAUAAUAAAAGAGGUCCGUUAUUUUUAAAUUCACUUCAUUGUUCUAAUUGUUCUACAUAUAAGAGGUGCAGUGUGAAUUUGUUUUUAACUUUUAAUCACACUAACACAAUAUCAUCAUCUACACGUAACAUUAGAAAACAAAAUCCCCUUUUCCGCCUGUCAGUAUGUUAUCGAUUUUCUCAAAAUCUACUGAAAGAAUUUGUAUGGAAUUUGGUACGGAGAUAGUUUAGGACCCUGGGAAGGCUAUAGGCUACUUUCUAUCCCGAGAAAAUAUAAAGUGGGACUUUUGUCCCAGAAAACUCCUUCAUGCGGACGAAGCCAUGAGCAAAAGCUAGUUUUGUUAUAUAAGUUCCAUGCUAGACGUAUCCUAUAUUAAAAAGCAAAACAAAAAAUAUUUAAAUCUUGACAAAUUACAUUUAUGUUGUACCCAAUUUAUUUGUAGGUUAUUUUCCAAUUACGCACGCUAUUUAUUGGCUCUGUAAUGUUUUUGAGAUAAUCGAACUUCAAAAUCCAAACAAUCUGUGGGAGCACCUUUGAAUGUUUCAGUUAUUAGGCUGUAUUACUUUUAACAGUGUUACCAAACUAUAGGUAUCUACAUUAUUAAGUCGUGAUUACAAGCAUUGUUUAGGUGCGUGUAACAGAACUUAUUUCGUCUCGUUUAUGAGUGUCUUGAAAUACAGCUUGACAAUAUUUUGUUGCGUUAAUGCUUUUUUAUUAUUUCUAAGCAUUAAUUGUCAAUGCUGAUAUAUAAUAAUGGACUCGUAAGCGCGACAACGAGUAGUUAAAUAUGUAAAUGCGAUAAUUAUAUUAUAAUAAAUUAUAUUCUUAAAAUAAUCUUGAUGGUUAGUUAUGAUAUUCGUAUUAUGCGUGCAGUAAGUGCCUGUGAGAGUGUUUGGAGAAGCUUGUUUCAUAUUAUUUUAUUAAAUAUUCCGGUUAGAUAGUAUAUUUUAAUGGUAUUAUUGUGUGAAACGUAAAUCGAUGUAUAAAUCAAAAUUAGAAAUGAAUGGAUUUCCGUAAAUAUUCCAAUAGUAAGUAUAUUAUUUUACAAGUUUCAAUGCGGGGAUAUUUUCGGCAUAACACCUUACUGAACCAUAAUAUAAUACAACGUAUAUACGGAAAUCCACAUCAUAGUAUUUUUCUAGAGUUUUCAGACUAUGUAAACAUUGUUUUAAUUAUGGAUUUAAUCUAAUCCCGUUACGCCAACUGCACAUUUACACUAUUUCACUAGGUAAUUACUAGGAAAUCAAUUAAAAUCCAGGUUAGUUUCGAUGUUUGCAUAGUCUGCAAGUUCUAUUAUCAAAUAGUGUACCUAGAUAAAUUUUGACUGAUCUUCAAAAUAGAUGUUUUCCGAAUUUCUAGUAUGCUUUCCGUGUAUGCGAGCUGUGAUGUAUAUGAUUACUAUAAUACUCUAGUGUGCUAAUUUUCUUCGUUUACGUUAAGGUAAAAAUAGUUUGAAUUUUUGUCUCGAUUUUGCGCUAUCGUGCAUUUGAAGCUUUUAUGUGUAAAUACUUUAGAUAUUAUCGUUAACGUAUUUAAUAAGAUCUCAUUAAAAUUAUAAAAGUUACUUUUGUGUUUUAUAGUACAAUCGUUUUAUUGUCUUAUAUUUAAUUAUUAUGCACUUACUAGUCAAGUACAUAGAUUUAGAAAAUUUACAGAAAGUAAUAUUGGUCAUUAAUUACUUAACAUAUUGUAUCUAUUUGAUGCGUUUGUUUGGUUUGACGGUUAUGUAAAUUUUAUUGUAGUAUGUAGAUGUAUACGACUGGCAAUCAAUAAAAUCAAUAACACAGAAAGCAUUCAGUUCGUGAUCCUGUAAUAAAA